AGUAUUUUGUAGCCCGAAUCCUUUUUCAUUGUGUGUGCCAUGGAAAUGUCAGCAGCGGCGUCAUCGGGCAUGCCAGGCACCACGACGAGCAACAGCGCAACCAACAACGCAAGCCCCCAUUCCCCCUCUUCUUCUUUACCGUUAAUCCCUCGCACGCUAGGCGCCAACAAGAAGAAACUGGAAAAGGCCUUCUUGUUUGACCGCUACCCCAGUCGCAAGAUUGCGCUGCGCCUCGCCUACCACGGCCAUGUCCACGACGGCUUGGCAAAACAGAAAGAAACGGACAACACCGUUGAGGGAAUCGUCUGUGAUGCGCUGCGCCGUGUCCGACUCAUUCCAGAGGACGGCCCGCACAACUUCGGACGUUGCGGCCGCACCGACAAAGGAGUCAGCGCACUCGGUAACGCCUUCUCCCUCACUGCACGCGCGUCCUGUACCGCCGAUGCGGCCCCGCAGCUGCCACCGCUUGAUUACUGCAACAUGCUGAACAACGUCCUCACUCCGACCAUUCGCAUUGUCGGCUUUGCCUACGUCGACGACGCCUUCGACGCGCGCUUCUCGUGUGUGAGCCGCACCUACCGCUACUAUUUCUGUCAUCGAGGGCUGAACGUCGCGGCGAUGCAGCAGGCCGCGGCGCACCUCAUCGGCACCCACAACUUCCGCAACUUCUGUAAGAUGGACGUUGUAAACGUGAGCAACUUCACGCGCACUGUUCUCACCGCCGAGGUUUGUACCAGCGCCGACCUGCCGGAGCUUAUUUCGUACUUUGAAAUCACCGCGAACUCGUUCCUGUAUCAUCAAAUCCGGUGCACGAUGACGGUGCUUUUUCUUGUCGGUCGCGGUGUGGAGUCGCCCAGUGUGGUGCCAGCCCUGUUGGAGCGUGGCGACUGCAAGCCGGCCUACCCGUUGGCGGACGGCACGCCGCUGGUUUUGUGGAACUGCGGGUUCGCGGGCCUGCAGUGGCAGCUGUCGCGCCGCGCGUUUUUUUGCGGUGGAGCAGGAGCUGCAGGAUAUCAGCGUUGCGUUGUGCAUCCGCGCUACUGCCGCUGCGGCGAUGCGGCACCAACUCUUCCGCUGGUACGAGGACACCGUUGA